GAAUUGACAGUAGAACCUGGGGACCCACCAUUGUUACAACAACCUGUACAGACUUCCAAAUCUGGCAUACAGCAAAUUAUUGAAUGUUUUAGAUCAGGCACUAAACAACUUAGAAUGAUGUUGUUAAGAGAGGUGGAUACUAUAUUUGAAUGCAAGUCAUGUCGCAGCCUUUUUAGAGGACUACCUAAUCUAAUCACCCACAAGCAGUUUUACUGUAUAUCCAAACAUUUUGUGGAUGAAGAUCCUCCCAAUGAAAGUAUACAAAGUCAAGCUGUAAAAGACUUACUGGACACAGUAUAUCCAAGAACUAAUCAAGCAGAAUAUGUUGUACAAUUAGAACCUAUCCAAACAAACCAGAAUGCCGUUUUCCAGACUGUUAAGCCCAUUAACGCAGUAAACCUUGAUGUAAAAAUUACAUCUGACUCCCCUGACAUUCAGAAGGAAGACACAACUUCAGCCCCUUCGUCUGCCUUAACUUCAGAAAGUGUAACUGUAGUACCUGCUUCAUGUGAGGGUGGUAAAAAGGAUACAGCUUCUAAUUAUCCAAGUGUAGAAACUUCUGAUGCAUCAAAAAAUGACAAAAAUGUUAAAAGAGCUUCUAACAGCAAUCCUUUUUCAUGUCGGCUUUGCAAGAAGGAUUUUAACUGUAGACGUAGUGUACGUAGACAUAUUAAGAAGGUGCACAAGAAAAAAAUAGAGGAUAUUAAGAAAUUCAUUGAAAUUCAGCGAAAUACACCCUUAUCGUCCACAAAAGGUCACGUUAAUUUGAUCUAUACAGGAGCAAGCAAAAGUUGUCACAUAUGCCACAAAUCUUUUGCAACUAAAGCAAAUACAAGGAGACACAUUGAUGAAGUUCACAGAGGGAUGAGAAGAGACUAUGCCACUCAGGAAAUCAAUACUAAACCUAGUAAAAAUGCAACUCCUGAGGCUGUAACGCCUAAAAAAUUACUGAAGACUGUUUCUCGCACACAGAAACUUCCAGCAAAGUCUGAAGUUAAUCUCACUUCGUGUACUUGCCCAUUUUGUAACAGACGUUACACCUCUCAGUUUCUGCUCAAGAAACAUGUAAAGAUAGUACAUAAAACAGCAUCCCCUGGAACCAAUGUCAAAUCAGAUAAAGGACAGAAUCACAUCAGUACUUCAGACAGUAAAAUAAAAACAGAAGACACAAAUAUGAUAGACUCUUCAUCAAAUACUGUAAAAAGCUCACCCAAGGGUGAAUCCAAAGGUCCAAACCAUGCACAAGAGAAAAAGAGUACAGCUGUGCUAAAGGGUAAAGCAAAAUCUGAUGGUGAUUCCCCUAAACCUGGCAGUUCACCAAGUGAUGACAAGAAGAAGUUUAAAAAGCCUAAACUAUCAGCUGGUUUUGACUUCAAGCAACUUUACUGUAAACUGUGCAAACGGCAGUUCACAUCUAAGCAGAAUCUAACAAAACAUAUAGAGUUGCACACAGAUGGGAACUGCAUUUUUGUUAAGUUUUACAGAUGUCCUCUUUGCUCCUACGAGACUCGGAGGAAACGUGAUGUGAUACGUCACAUAACAGUGGUACAUAAAAAGUCCCAGAGAGCACUGAUUAAAAUAACUGCAGGUUUAGAGAGCAGAGCCAUAAAAAAACCAAUUGAAACAAUUCUGGACAAGGUUUCAAAAAGAGGUCCUCAAAAAGACAAAAUGAAAAAAACUGGUUUAAAACAAGAUGGGGCAUCCUCCUCAUCCGCCAAAAAAUCUGAAGGAGCAGAUGUUGGCAUUGAAGUUAAGUUGACCAAAAACUUUUCGCUGCUUAAGUGUAAUACAUGUGGUAAAGCAUUUGCAAAAAAGAAGGAUUUAGACCACCAUAAAAAGAAUCACAAAGUCAACUCAAACAAUUCACCUGUGGACAUAAAAAUCAAAGGACGAAGUACUAGGUCUAAAAUACCUGCAAGCUGA